AUGUUCUGGGACCCCGAGCCGUCCAACGAUGUGAACAGCGACGAGCCUGUCUGGUGCCUGGGCCGCUCUUACAAGCUCGACCCCAGCAAGCAGCACAGCUCCGGAACCAUACAGACGGCGACGAAACCGGCCGGCCACGACACAGAGACCGGCGCGUCACCUCCGAACCAGAGCCCCCUGCCCCCGUCGAAGCCGUCUACAAACGCAAAUGCGCCGGAGACACCGCCGGCGUCAACCUCGAGCAGCCUCUCGUCAGCAGCGGCGGCGGGCGAGGAGCUGCCGCUGGGGAACGGGUGGCCCCCAGGCUUCACGGAAGACAUGGCGGCAAAGUUCUGGAUGACAUACAGAUCUGGAUUUGAACCUAUACCCAAGUCCGCUGACCCGAGGGCUACUUCUGCGCUUUCGUUUUCUGUAAGGAUCAAAAGCACACUCACGGAUCCGACUGGCUUCUCUUCCGACAGUGGUUGGGGUUGCAUGAUUCGGUCUGGCCAGAGCCUUCUUGCUACCACUAUUGCAACGCUUCAGCUAGGAAGAGAUUGGCGGCGCGGUCAGAAUCAACAGGAGGAACGGAAGAUCAUCAGCAUGUUUGCCGACGACCCAAGGGCACCCUUUUCGAUCCAUAACUUCGUACGCCACGGGGCUACUGCUUGUGGGAAAUUUCCGGGCGAGUGGUUUGGCCCGUCUGCUACUGCGCAGUGCAUACAAGCCCUUACCAGCUCCUCAGGACUUCCUCUGCAGGUAUACUCCCCGAAUGACGGGCAGGAUGUUUACGAGGAUAGCUUCAUGAAGGUUGCAAAGCCCGAUGACCAAGAUUUCCGCCCAACCUUGAUCCUCAUACGAACGCGCCUCGGUAUUGACAAAAUCACGCCGAUAUAUUGGGAGCCUCUGAUCGCCGCACUCCAGAUGCCACAGUCGGUUGGCAUUGCUGGCGGCCGUCCAUCGUCUUCCCACUAUUUCGUCGGCAGCCAGGGCAGCUACCUCUUCUAUCUCGAUCCUCAUCACACAAGAAAGGCCAUUCCAUACCAUGAAGAUGUAGCAAACUAUACGGACGAAGACAUCGACUCAUGUCAUACCUCGAGACUACGUCGGCUCCACGUCAAAGAGAUGGACCCCAGCAUGCUGAUAGGCUUCCUUAUUCGGUCCGAGAGUGACUGGGCCGACUGGAGGCAGCGUGUAGAGAGCGGCCAGGGGAAAGCCAUCAUCCACGUGGCAGACCGCGAGCACACGUUGUACAGCGGCGAGGGCAGGGAUGGUGCCGUGGAUGAGGUUGAGGUCCUGAGCGAUGACGAUGAUGUUGAUGAUAUGGCGACAACGUGAUCGUGCCGUCGGGAGCCGUUUCAGACAAGAUGCUCUCCGCCGUGCACGGAUAGGUUUGUCGUGGUCCUUCUUUUCAAAUCUAUUUGAUAUCCCUCAUCAUGGGCCAGCAUAUGCCUUCAUGCUUUCCUCCUUUUUCCUGCCCCACCGGACUGGACAGUGGCCGCGGCGUGGUUCAGGUCGCGGAUAUGUUUAAAUAGCUUCGUCUUGGAGUCGAACUCAGCUGUGCAGACGUUGCAUCGAUGCU